AUGAGAAGAGAAAAGGCGCUGAAACGUAAGGAGGCGCUCGAGCGGGCGAAGAGGAAUGGCAGCAUAGUCUCCUUCCACUCUGUAAAUCUGAGGGAUGCUUUCGCGAAGAGUGUUGAUUUGAUGGAUGUUGCCUCAGAAGUCCCAAGAAACGAAUGGGACACAAACAGUGUGGAAACGAAGUCUAUGAGCUCCCCACCACCUUGUGUCAUGCGGGGAUCGAAUCCUAACACACCUAAGCUGAGUGGGCAAGGCGGAACUGCAAAUUUCGACUGCAAGGAGAAUCAAGAGAAUCCAAGCAACACCAACCUGUUGGAUAUUGAUGAGGAAUCAUUGCAUCGAAUGACUACGACUCAAGCUUCCAAUGAGCCGAGCUUGCAGUUUAAAACAUAUAUGCAGUACCUCACAACGGAAACUAUUCAGCAAGGAGAAAGUAAAUUGAAAGAGACUUCGUCGUCACCAUCAUCAUCAUCAUCACCACCACCACCACCACCACCACCACCAUCAUCACCAUCUGAGGAUGAAGACGAGGAAAUUCAUGAGGAGGAUGAAAAUGGCCCUUCCAAGAAAAUGUUGGAGAAUGUUGAUACAUGA